AAAUCCUGUCACUGUCAACUAACUGGUCUGGCAACCACAAAGCUGGAUCAGCGUCCAGUGGAAACGCAAGCAAAGCUUCUCCUGGAGUAAAACAUCGGGUCCUUUCCACUGCUGCACUGUUUCUGCUGCCAUGGAGGAAUUCUUGAAGGGGGAACCCAAAGUCCUUGGGGCUGUACAAAUUAUGAUUGCUCUCAUAAACCUGAGCAUAGGAAUAAUAAUGAUCAGCAUACCAUUUGAUCAUCGUGAACCAGCCAUUUCAUUGAUCUUAGCGACCCCAGCUUGGGGGCCACUGAUGUUCAUAAUCUCAGGAUCCCUGUCAAUUUCAGCAGCAGUGAAACCUACAAAGCGCCUGGUCACCAUCAGUCUAGUUUUCAACACCAUCAGCGCUGUGCUGGCUGCAGCCGCAAGCAUAAUGGGUAUCAUCAGUGUGAUUUUGGGUUUGCGUUCUCCCUUUCUUAAAAAUGAAGUUGAAACAGGUAUAGAUUCCUUGAUGCUCAUUUUAAAUUUGCUAGAAUUCUGCAUUGCUGUGUCUGUCUCGGCCUUUGGAUGUAAAGUAACCUGUUGUAACGCCAGGGAGGUUGUUGUAAUUCAAUCACCAAAUCCUGGUAUGACACCAAUGCUACCUUAACCAUUGGCACCACCAGAAUACCGAGGAAAAACGGUUCCAGAAAAUCUGUGCAAGAACCCCACCGGAGAACGAGUCUAAUUUCAACUGUGUGUGUGUGACUUCAGAAUCAUGUUCUCAUUAUUUGUUUCUCUGGAAAAUUAGCGCUUCAUUGCACUGGCUUUUGGACAGAAUAACAGACAUGCUAUUAAUAGAUACAUUAAGCAUUUACUAGGUCAAUAACACUUUAACAUAUUCUACUCAUUGUAUGAGCAAGAGAUAUUGAAUUGGCAAAGAUUUUGAAUACAAACUGAAAAAAAAAAUGUGUUAGUGAAAUAAGCUCUCCAAAGAGUGAAGACUGCAGUUCAUAUUUUUUUGAGGCUUUUACUAAAUAAGUAGAUUUAGCUGCUCAUGCUCAUAUAAAGACGCAUUAUCAUGUAAGACAAUAGGGAUGUUAAGUUACUAUGGCAGCCUAUGUUAAUCUCUUGUGCAUGUAUAUUACAUAACAACACAGUGUAUACUUUAAUUGAUGUGGUGAAAAUGACAAUAAAGAGAAGUAACUGAAA